AUGGAUGCGGCGCGAGCGAUGCGGAUGACGUUGGAGCGAUCGAUCGAGGGACGCGAGGGGGGGUCGGAGGACGCGAUCGAGCGCGCGCGCGCGUGCGUGGAGAACCUGGACGCGAUCGAGCGCGAGCUCGAGAAGGAUGCGGCGUCGGAUCGACGCGCGGGGAUGGAUGAGGCGAGCAAGGACGCGGAGCUGGCGCGCGUGCAGAGCGAGGCGGAGGAGCGUGAACGCGAUCCCAGGGUGAAGGCGCUGAUCGAAGACGCGAAGACGCUCGCGAUGGCGCCCGAAGGUACGACGCGUGGGAGAGAAUUGACGAUGGCGUUCGCGGAAAAGAUGGAACGCGCGCUCGCUCUGGAGCCGGAUUUUUAUCAGGCGUCUCUGCAGCUCGCGAUGGUGUAUCAAGCGCACGGGUACGUCGCGAGCGCGAUCGAGCGCGUCACCGCGGCGUACGAUCACACGCCUGGGUGCUUUCUCGCCUACGCACUCGCGGGGCAGAUGUACGAGGACGUGGGACUGUACAAUCGAGCCGAGGAGGAAUACGCCAAGUGCGUCGGCGUCUCGUUUGAUUUCGCCGACGCGUGGGUGUCGCUGGCGCGACUAUCGGUGAACAAGUUCGGCGCAAUCUCGAGCGCGAUUCAUUUGAUGCGCGUCGCCAAGCUCGGUGGGCCCGAGGCAAAAUUCACGAAACCAGGAAAGCAUCCUCUGUUGCUGUUCUCACUCGCGCACGCGUUACAUCUCACCGGAUACUCCGCCGAACCGACGAGUCUGUACACGCAAGCCCUCCACGCGGGCGCCGGCGUCAUGGCGAUUUAUCCAUUGUGCAAGCUGGCGAACGAUUGCGCCGACGAUGAGGGCGCGUCGAUGUGGGCGAAGACUUGGAGAGACGCGCGGGACGCGUGUCGAGAAGACGAUUCGAGCGCCGACUCAUUCUUCGCGUCUCUCGAGGUUUUCAACGCCGCAAGCGCUGGGCCGCAGUGGCACGAAAUUCUCAAUUCAAAAGUUCGCGCGUACGAAAUCAUCGCUAAUCGCGAUGUGGACGGUCUCGUGCGCGCGCCGACGCUCUUCACCUCGGAUUCUCUGGAAACGUUGACCGAGUCGGAUGAAAUCUUAGACGAAGUCGUCGUGCUCAAGGGUGCGCACGCGAAGUUUCCCGGAGUCGUCGAGGAGAAAAUCAAUCGAGUGGGCGUUCUAAAAGACUUCAAAGCGAUAAUCACGGACGGAAAGGCGAGGCGCACGCGAGGUGAGAUCAUCGCACAGAGACGCGUUCGCGAAGUCGCGACGGAUGAAUUCGGACGGAAGUGCACCGUCCGCGUGCGCGCGUGCUUCGUUCCAGAUCAAGCUGCCGCCGAUGAUGUCGUUCUCAUCGCAAAGAGCGUUUGCAUACUCUCCGCGGCGAGCGCGUACGACAAGACUGCGGACAUGGCGUCGUCGGAGUACGACGACAAAAUGUAUGCUCGAGAGAUGACGAAUCGAGGUCUGAGUGGCGACUCGAGCGCAACGAUGCGAGAGGUCGACGUCAAAGACGCGUGCACGCGCGUCAUGGGCAUCGAUGACGUUUCGAGUGAUAUCAUCGCCCAGGCUGAGAUCGUGAUGCGCGCCUUCAGGGACGCCGUCCGGGACGAGCGGAACGUCAUCCAGGACGCUCGAUACGACGCGUACGCCGCCGUCAGCGCUCCGUUGUUCCUGAACCUCGACUUCAUCGUCGAAAGCGGCGAGACACCGCGAGCGCACUUUUUGGGUGUCGGAGAGCGACCGGGUUUCCGACUCGAGCGCGAGCGCGCCUUCGUCCGAGACGUCUGGUCUCGCGUCGUCGACGCGCUCGACGACGACUUCGCCGACGCCGACGCCAGAGACGACGAAUUCAUCAAAAUCGUCGUGAAGUCGUAA